AUGUCUGAAAAAGAGAAAAGCGUUGCAGUAAAUAAAGAGGGCCCUAGUAGUCAGAAAUCUCCACAAGAUGAGGUAACUAUACUCGUCGGAACAUGGGUUCGCGAAACUACCGGAGCUUGGGUUUUCGAGACAGACACGCAUGAAGGUUCCGGAAGUAUCAAUCUCUCAGACGACCUCAAGUUUCGAGAUCUCGUUGAUGAAGUCCGCAUAAAAUUGCAAAUCAAAGCCGACAAUGUUAGUAUUAAACUCGGCUAUCAGUAUCCACAGUGGAUGGCCAUCGACGACGGUGACGGAUCAACUCCGCAAUAUAUAACCGAUGAUCAGGAGGUCCAGUUCUUUAUCCAGAUGCGACGCCAAAUUGAGGAGGUCAAUCUUUGCGUUACAAUAACAGCUCAUGUAAAUGGAGUUCCCACGAUUCCGACAUGCAACCGCAAGAUGAUGGAACACUCUCCUGAAACAGAGGAUAUACAAUCAUCUAAUGCUGCAGAUAAUGGAGGAAAUUCUGAAGACGAAUGGCAUAAAUUUGCUAUAUCUGAAACACCAAUGACGUUUCCGGCGUUUGGCUCGUCACAGCUCAUUGAUCUUCCUCCCAAACACCGUCACCGUGUACAAAGUAAAGCUAAAGGAGUGUCAAUUAAUGAAGGAGCUUCAGCAAUUCGUCUUAGAAGUCCCACGAUUGCUGCUGCUGAUAAAGGAAAAGGAAUUGUCACAGACUAUGGAAGCUCAAGUGAUAGUGAUGAUGACGAUGCCGCAGUUGUUCCAUCUUUACCAUCUAAAGUUCCAAAAGUUCAUCUCAACAACAACAAUGUGGAAGUCAGACGGAGUCUGUUUCAAGAUGGAGAAAACAGUCAUAUGGGACCGGAUAAUGAAGCUGACAGUGAAGAUGACGAUGAGAAGAGUGACUACGAACCAGAACAAGGUCGACGCUUUAGCAGAUGGGGAAGAUUUGAAGAUGCUCUCCAUCAAAUUCUUAAUGAUUUCAGCACUGAACCUGCUUUGUUUGGUCGUGACGCUCCACCGGUCUUCACAACCACUGAAGGAGAUGAACUAGAAGAUGCUUUGGCUGAUGUUCCAUAUGAGGGAGACAAUCUAUUUGUCGGAAGAGUUUUCAAAUCGAAGAAUGAUUGCAAAAUCAAAAUAGCAAUUCAUGCUAUUAAUAGGCGAUUUCACUUUCGAACUACUCGAUCAGCCCCCAACUUCAUGGUGAUGAACUGCAUCUCACCUUCUUGCCGUUGGAGAGUAUACACUGUCCAAGUCGACAACACAUGCAACUUUCAAAUCAGACAAGCUACUCUCAAACACAGCUGCUCUGUAGAUGCAAGAAGGAACUAUCAUCGCCUUGCAACAACGCAAGUUAUUGGUGAAUUGAUGCAGAGUAAGUUCGUAGGCAUUAAAAGAGGUCCAACACCUGCAGGAAUACGUAAGAUCCUUCUUGAUGAAUUUCAUGUUAAUGUUUCCUACUGGAAAGCGUGGAGAGCUCGUGAGAUUGCAAUGGAAAAUGCACAUGGAUCUAUGGCUGGAAGUUAUGCUUUGAUUCCAGUUUAUCUCGCUCUUCUCCAAAAUGCCAAUCCUGGGACGAUUUGCUGUCUCGAGACUGUCACAAAUCCAAUCGGAGGUACAAGGUUUAAAUACUGUUUUGUUGCUUAUGGAGCUUCUGUAGCUGGAUAUCAGUAUAUGAGGAAAGUAGUUGUCAUUGAUGGAACGAGCAUGAAAGGAAGAUACGGAGGUGUUUUACUCUCUGCAUGUGCCCAAGAUGCAAACUUCCAAAUCUUCCCAUUAGCAUUUGCCAUAGUUGACAGUGAGAACGAUAGUGCUUGGCAAUGGUUCUUGGAGAAGCUGAAGACAUUUGUUCCUGAUUCAGCCGAUCUAGUCUUCGUCUCUGAUCGCCACCAAAGUAUCUACAAUGGACUUGAACAAGUUUACCCUCUUGCACAUCAUGCUGCUUGUAUUGUACAUCUGUGGAGGAACAUUAGAUCUGAAUACAAGCCUCGUCGAGUUGCAAAUCUUGUGUCUGUUGCAGCUAGAGCUUUCACUAUUUCUGAGUUUAACAAAAAAAUUUUGGAAAUACAAAAGAUAAGUCCAGGAUGCGCUGCUUAUCUGGUCGAUAUUGGAUUUGAGCAUUGGACUAGAGUGCAUUUCAAAGGUCGAAGGUACAACAUAAUGGACUCCAACAUUGCUGAAUCAUGGAAUGCUGUCUUGAAGGAAGCAAGAGAAUAUCCUUUGAUUUUUAGAUUGGUGGAGGGAACAUGCUCAUGUAUGGAGUAUCAGCAACUAGGGAUUCCAUGUGCUCAUGCCGUAGCUGCAGCAGCAAGUAUCAAGAUACCAACAGAGACAAUGGUUUCCAAAGCUUUUUAUGGAACUUGUUGGAAACUUGGGUUUGAUGAGAAGAUUUACCCUGUUCCAUCUGUUGGUAAUGUGGAAAUUGGAGAAGGUUUUAGAGGGGAAUUGCUACCGCCUGAUGUUAAACGUCCUGCUGGAAGGCCAAAGAAAAUCCGCAUUACUUCUCGUGGUGAAUUCAAGCGUAAGGGGAAGAAAGGAGGACGUAAAUGCAGUCGUUGCCACCGUCACGGACACAACAAGGCUUCUUGCCGAUAUGCCAUUUGA